AAGUUUCUAGAGCAAAUGUUUCAGCUCGACAGUAUUUUGUGAGAGGACGUCGCUUCGCGCUAAAACGGCGAGAACAAAUUAGUUUUCUCCUUUUGUGACAUUAUCAUAUCAACUACGAUGGCUUUACCUGGUCCCAAUAAAGACAACAUCAGAGCUGGCUGUAAGAAAUGUGGAUAUCCCGGGCACUUAACAUUUGAGUGCCGAAAUUUUGUCAGAGUGGAUCCCCAGAAAGACAUAGUUCUGGACGUAAGCAGCACAAGCUCUGAGGAGAGUGAAGAAGACGAACCUGUUCCUCAGCUGAGUGAGAGGCUGGCACGAGCCAGGCAGCGCCGUAAAGGGUCCCAUGAUGAUGACAGAAAGAAAAAACGCAAACAGAAGAAGAGCAAAGACAGAAAGUCAAGAAAAAGAUCCUCGUCAUCGAGUGAAGAGGCGACUUCAAAAAAAAGAAAGAAGUCCAGCAAAUCUGACUCAUCAGAUGAAGAGGAGAGACAGAAAAAAAAGAAGCAAAGCCACAAAAAGAAGAGCAAAAAGAACAAAAAAGAGCAUGGAAAACAUCACAAAAAGAGACCGAAGAAGAGAAAGCCCGAGUCAUCCUCCUCUUCCACCUCCAGUGAAUCUUCGGAAUCUGACUGAACCAACAAACUUUGUAGAUGUCACAUUUUUCUUCAGCACAUCAUAAAAAGUGAGCUUUGGAGACUUUGUUAAUAAAUACAGCAGUUCAUCUUGUUCCAUCCCAAAGACCUUUAUGCUGAAACUGAUCAGUGUAAGGACACUGGAUGGCGCUGGAUACGGUGGGGUUUUGUAACCGCAAGACUGAGAACGUGGAAAGUCUUACUGCUGUUCUAUAUUUUGAAAGUAGUUUACAAAACCAAGAAACUUCCCGUAAUAGCAUGAUUUACAUUGCCUUUAUGUAUAACAUAUUUUAUUUUGCAUUGGACGGUUUGUAUUACACAGAGGUCUCAUAAGUGUCACAUUUUUUUUAGAAAGCAAGAAAUCCUGAAUGGUUCUGGGGAGAAAAAUUUCCAUCCUCUUUUUCCACUUUUUUUUUCACUUAACAAUCCACAUCCUGUCCAGAGUCAUCCACACAUUUGAAGCUUUUACAGCAAUCUUUAACUUUGAGGAGUCUAACUAAACCUUUUUCUCCAACUGUU